UCACGCGUAAUUACCAAAUUUUCUUCAUCGCUUUCUCUCUUUCUUUCUCUGCGUUCUCUCCGCUAAUCGUUUUCGUCUGCGCCCUAAUCAAAUUCAAUUCCUAACACCUCUCAUCAAAGCCCGCACUUGAACCAAUUCUUGUUCGUGAAACCCUAAUUCGAUCUCCGAAGAAGAAGAGGAUCGAUGUGGGCAGCUUCUUGCCUUGCGUCAUGCUGCGCGGCGUGCGCAUGCGACGCGUGCAGGACCGUCGUUUCGGGAAUCAGCCGUCGUUCCGCGCGGAUCGCUUAUUGCGGCCUCUUCGCCUUCUCCCUCAUCGUCGCUUGGAUCCUUCGGGAGGUCGCCGCUCCUCUCAUGGAAUCUCUUCCAUGGAUUAAUCACUUCAGCCACACUCCUAGCAGAGAAUGGUUUGAAACGGAUGCAGUUUUGCGGGUUAGCUUGGGGAAUUUUCUGUUUUUCACUAUUCUAGCGGUUUUGAUGAUUGGUGUAAAAACCCAGAGGGAUCCUCGGGAUAGUAUGCACCAUGGAGGGUGGAUGAUGAAAAUUAUCUGCUGGUUCAUUCUGGUAAUCUUUAUGUUUUUCGUUCCAAACGAGAUCAUCAGCUUCUAUGAAACAAUAUCGAAGUUUGGCUCAGGCAUGUUUCUUCUUGUUCAAGUCAUGCUCUUGUUAGAUUUUGUUCAUGGAUGGAAUGACAAAUGGGUUGGAUUUGAUGAACAAUUCUGGUACGUUGCUCUAUUUGUUGUUUCACUUGUUUGUUAUGUGGCAACAUUUGCAUUCUCGGGUGUUCUCUAUCACUUCUUCACACCAUCUGGACAAGACUGUGGCCUCAACGUCUUUUUCAUUACCAUGACCCUGAUUCUCGCAUUUGUUUUUGCCAUAGUGGCUUUGCAUCCUGCAGUUAACGGAAGUGUUUUGCCUGCUUCAGUAAUAUCAUUGUACUGCACUUAUCUCUGCUAUAGUGCACUGGCUAGUGAGCCAAGAGAUUACGAGUGCAAUGGUCUUCACAAACACUCCAAAGCUGUUUCCACUGGCACCCUUACAUUGGGUUUACUCACAACUGUUCUAUCUGUUGUUUAUUCUGCUGUGCGUGCUGGAUCUUCUGCUGCAGUACUUUCCCCUCCUAACUCCCCUCGAGCUGGGAAGCCUCUGCUUCCACUGGAUGCAAGGGAGGAGGAAGAGGAGAAAGCAAAGCCAGUUUCAUAUUCAUAUGCCUUCUUCCACUUGAUCUUCUCUCUUGCAAGCAUGUAUUCUGCAAUGCUUCUGACAGGUUGGUCAACAUCCGUGGGAGAGAGUGGGAAAUUAGUUGACGUGGGAUGGCCUUCUGUGUGGGUUCGGAUCAUCACUUCCUGGGCAACUGCUCUGCUGUACUUAUGGUCUCUCGUAGCUCCUAUCAUGUUCCCAGAGAGGGAGUUCUGAGCAUCAUCUUCCUCAGUUUCAAGAUUCAGGAAAAACUUGUCCCCUAAUUGAUUAACUACUCUACGGUGUGCAUCUAUAUCAACAGACAUUGGAAUAAAGUGUUAUGAAUAGUCGUGUGCUUUUAACUGUAUAGUGAAAGAUUUGUGCCUUGUGCACAAAUCUUUAUUUGUCCAUAUGGUCUGUCUAUGUGCAUCUGAAAUCAUGCAAUUUCGUUGUCUUUUACGUGUGUUGUGACUCAUCUUUAAAAUUGAAAGAAGAAUGAAUAAGAUCAUUCUUGAUUAUGAAAAUGAUAAUAGUUGAAACAA